GCGGAUUGAAGAAUCAUUUCGGGAUCCGACUCCAGGUUCUUUGCCACGCCUCUUCAUAUCCCUGAGAAACUGGACCCGAUUUACUAAAAGUGAUGAACACAGAUAGCCCUGUGGUUGUAAUAGUGAUUUUAGAUAGAAACCCAGGCGUUGUUGGACAGCUUUAUAUUCCUGUCAGAGUUCCAGAGAGUUCCGUGUUAGCUGGUUAGUUACAGAAGUUUGCUCAAUCUGCGACCUUCCUAACUAGCUAGCUUUGCUAACGUCAAACUUUUUAGUCUUUUUUUGUUUGUUUGUGGUUUGGUUGUGAUAAGUUUUUUUAUUUUUUAUUUUAUCUGCGGGCUGUUAUGAAGAACAAACCAGGAAACGUGUUUUAUAGUUAGUUGUGCGUCUGUAAUAUCAAAUGCGUGUAGGUUUUCCAGACAUGUCAGUUAAGUAAAUAAAUACCAAACUAGUUUAGGCUAGGUCGCUAAUGCUAGCAGAGUUGUAUUAGCUAGCAAAUCUGGUAAUAUCAUUUGUAGACUCGAGACUGUACUUUUUGAAGGAGUCUAAAUAUUACCCGCUGGGGUAGUUAGGCGGCGCUGAUCAUGUAGUAUCGUCUCAUUCCUUUUUUUGUUUAUUUAUCAUAAUCGACUGAACUGUUGUCAACAAAAUGUCACUGGAAGACUAUGAGCGGCAUUACGCGUCUCUCUCGGACUCGGUAUGCGAGUCGGUGAGCGGCGGCGCCCCGGCCCCGGGCCUGUUGAGCGGAGAGGAGGAGAAGCUCCACUACAUCCCCAUCAGGGUGCUGGGCAAAGGCGCUUUCGGAGAAGCCACGUUAUACAGACGCACAGAGGAUAAUUCCUUGGUGGUUUGGAAGGAGGUUGAGCUUACGGGCCUUUCAGAUAAAAAGCGCAGAGAUGUCAUGAACGAAAUCAGCAUCCUGUCCAUUCUCCAACAUAACAACAUCAUCGCGUAUUACAAUCACUUCAUGGACAAGAACAGCUUGCUGAUAGAGCUGGAAUACUGCAAUGGUGGAAAUCUGUAUGAUAAAAUUAACCAGCGGAGAGGUCAUCUCUUUGCACAGGAGGAUGUUAUAUGGUAUCUCUUCCAAAUAGCAUCAGCUGUGGCUCAUAUUCAUAAAGCUGGUGUUCUGCAUAGGGACAUAAAAACAUUAAAUAUUUUCCUCACCAAGACGAACUUAAUAAAGCUAGGAGACUAUGGUUUGGCCAAGAAGCUGGAUUCUGAGUAUUCAAUGGCAGAAACAUGUGUAGGCACUCCUUACUACAUGUCACCGGAGCUUUGUCAAGGGGUCAAGUACAACUUUAAAUCAGACAUCUGGGCCAUGGGCUGUGUUCUAUAUGAGAUGUUGACGCUCACCAGGACCUUUGACGCAACGAACCCUCUGAACCUGUGUGUGAAGAUCGUCCAGGGCAACUUUACUAUGGAGAUGAACUCAGAUGUUUAUUCAGCAGAUCUCAUAAAGAUAGUCUAUGAAUGCUUAGAUCAGGAUCCAGAGAAGAGACCUAGUGCUGAUGAGAUUCUUGACCUGCCCAUUAUCUCCUGUGAUAAACAGAAGUUGGAGACACGUGUGGCUGCAUUGAAUUCAGCAAUUAAAAAGCCCAGGUUGAGCACCGUGUCAGACACGCCAGUUGCUGUAGUAACAACCCGUUCCAGAGAGGUGUAUUUCUGGGGAGGAGGGAAGUUUACUCCUCAGAAACUGGAUGUGUUUAAGGGUGGCACUAGUGCUCAGCAAGUGUGUGCAGGGGAGACACAUUUCGCUGUGGUUACUGUGGAGAAAGAGCUUUACACCUGGGCUAGUGUUCAAGGUGGCGCCAAAAUGGUGGGCCAGCUCGGGCAUGGGGAUCAGGCCUCAUACCGACAACCUCGCAAAGUGGAACGUUUGCAGGGAAAAGCCAUCAAGCAGGUGUCCUGUGGGGCAGACUUUACUGCCUGUGUAACUGAUGAGGACCAAAUGUACAUGUUUGGCUCAGACUAUUAUGGCUGUAUAGGUGUGGAGAAUGAGAAGGGUAUGGAAGUUCUAGAGCCGGUUCUGUUGGAGUUCUUUCAGGAACGACCAGUGCGACAGGUAUCUUGUGGCGAUAACCAUGUGGUAGUGCUGACACACAGUGGACAUAUCUAUUCCUGGGGCUGUGGAGAACAUGGUAGACUUGGCCUGGACUGCGAGGAUGACUUUGCCUCUCCUAUGCUAGUUGAAGUACCAAAGGGUGCCUGUAUUGACUCAGUGUGCUGUGGGAACGAUGGAACAUUUUUCCUUACAGAGUCUGGAAAAGUCUUGGCCUGUGGAAAUAAUGAAUUUAACAAGCUAGGUCUCAAUCAAGGCAUUACUGGUAUUAAGAACCACCUUGGGGAGGGUUGUCAGGACAUACCAUUCACGACAACUCUGACUUUGGUAAAGCUGCUUGCCCGCUUUAGGAUCCAAAUCAUCGCUCUUGGAAAGACUCAUACAGCAGCCAUUGAUGAACGGGGACGUUUGAUGACAUUUGGCUGCAAUAAAUUUGGCCAGCUUGGUGUAAAGGACUUCAAAAAACAUCAAGGUGUUCAACUGCUUUUAGGACCCUUUGGGGGAAAAGUUGUCUCCAAGGUUUCCUGUGGAGAUGGCUUCACGAUUGCUACCACAGAGGAUAAUCAGAUCUUUGCCUGGGGAAAUGCAGGAAAUGGACGUUUAGGUAUGCCUGCUGAUCGAGGAUUUGGCUCCGAGGUUUGCCCUGCUCUUCCUCGUCCCAUAUUUGGUUCUCUACAUCACGUGCCUGACUUGUCCUGCAGGGGUUGGCACACAAUCAUUAUCAUGGAAAAGCUCCUUAACUCCAAAACAAUCCGUUCAAACAGUAGUGGAGUGUCUAUUGGAAGUGGAAUAGGUCAGAGCCCCAGCUCUUCUAUGGACUUGGAUAUAUAUGCGUCAGACUCUGAGAUGCGAGAGGGUAUUAUGGGAGGUACAGUGGAGGUUGACCUGGAGGAGAGAGGUCCUGAGACUCCAUCAAUGGUAUCAAUGGAGAGCAAGACCAAUGAGAGUUCUUGUCCAUCUUGGUUGCAGAAGGAGCUGCAGGAUGCUGAAUUCAUUCCCAUGCCUGGUGGCCCGUUGACUUCAUCCUACACAAAAAGUGACACACUCCCAUAUGAGGAGCUGGAAGAACUGAAGGCAGCAGCGGCAGCUGCUGCUAGUGGAAAUGACUGCAUGCAAACAGCAUGGGUAGACUAUGAGAACAUAAAUGGCUUGGACUCUGGACCUUGUAAGAAAAAUAACUUGCCACAACAACAAUCUGCACAACAGACUUGCUGCCAAGCGAGCAGUGAGUUGGCACAGCUCAAAGAAACUGUGAAAAAUCAUGAGGCAACAAUUCAACUGUUACAGAAACGGUAUAACGACCAGCUCGAGGAGAAUGAAAGACUGAGAAAAGCCAUUAAUGACCUCAAAGGAAGUGCUGAUCAUUGUGACAAGAGCAACCACCAUGGGAGUCCACCUGAUGAUAAAGAAGAAUGAGGGAGAGAAUGAGACAACACAUGGACUUAACAUGGUAUAACAAAGUGCAGUAAAAGAUCUUCUCUGAACUGAAACCCAAGUGAGUAGCUGAUUGGGAAAGAUUUUACUCAGUUGUACCUGAGUAUUACUACCAUCACAGCUUGAGGGAAAUGACUGUGCUUUACCAUGUAUUUUUGCUGCCUCUGGUAAUAAUCAAGGAUUAUUCUCUUCUUGUAUCAGUACAAAGUUAUAUUAGUUGUCCACAGCAUUCCUGCUGCAUUAUGGCUGUGUUUACCUGCAUGUCAGGCAAUAGUGUAUGUUUUUCUUCUUGAACCAUGAUCUGGAAUAAUUAUGGUUCAAUUAUGGUUCAGUACUGCUUAAGAUCUUUUAAAAUGCCUAUUUGGAUGAUGAAUGCUAUUGCCAAGCCAGCACCUGGCGAGCUUUAAGCAAGUUUACAUGUGGGGUCUUUAUUUUCAGUAUUGAGUUCAACGCAUCUUUUUCUUUCCCCCCUCACAGGAAAAAAAAUGCAAAGACAUUUCCUUCAGUUGUAUAUUGUGGGGCCUUUAGAUAUGCCAAACCCAUCAUAUGUAUUUUCUUGUGUGUGUGUCUCUUUACAUACUUUAUUUGGAAGAGUUUUGGAAACCUGCCACCAGUAAAAGAUUUUUAUUUUUGAAUGUACUGUUAUAUGCAAAUAUGUAUAAAAGGUUUUGCGCAUAUCAUCCAGCCAUCUGUGAUGAGGAAUGUACUACUGAUUUUCAGACUAUGUAUACUUGUCUCCCUCUUGUGGUUGCAGUGUGUAUUUUGUGUAAUUCAGGAGGCACUAAUGAAAGAUGCCCUAGUCUUGGAUGUUCUUUAGGUUUCUAAAUCUGGGUGAAUCUUGGGCUGCUUCUUCACCAUCUUUUUAAUUGCUCCUACUUGUUUUUGUUUCUUAUACCUUUAGUAGUAAGGAGAAGAGAAAUUAGCAAUGGAAGAGUAUAGAGUGAACAUGUUAACCAACUGAGGUGUCCUUGUUUGCUGAAACAACUUUGCUAUUAAAGCAACUUAUUAAUGAUGUUUUACAGAGCAUACUGAAUCUUCAUAUACACGGCCUGGAAACCGGGCACAUUGUAGUUGUUUAAGGUUUUUUUUUUUUUUUUUUCCCUACAGAACUUUUAGUGCUUUAUGUUAUUGUAUAGUAUAAUUGAAUUUAAGUUUAUGGGAGAGGUGGAGCAUUUAAAGGUGCAAUAGUUGAUUUCCCCACGUACUCCCUACAAAUAAUCUGGAAAGUAUAUGAAAGCAUAAUCAAAAACUUUGGAUUAAGUUAUGGACUCAGCCAUUGAGAAAUCCUGUCUUAAAAAACCAACUUCCAGCCAGGGAUGCUUGCUUGUGUUUUUUGCAUACACUGUAGAUCCAGAUGGGAAAAGGUUUCUGGAUCUUAUUCACCUACGUAACUGUUAAAGAUCUAAUCUUAAACAAUAAGACUAUUCUUACUUGAUGCCAUUAAAAAAAAAAAUUCUGCAUACAUCACAUGGUAUCAAACACGAGUUUGACCAAGUAAGCAUCAGUAUGCUUCUGUUUUACAAGCCGAAUUAAAAAACUUGAUGUGUCUGUGGCAGGCUUUGAUUGAUUUCUGGGCCACAAGCUAAAGAAUGUAUUAUUGAGGAGCCGGUGAGACUCAGUUACGGUGUUGUGGAAUGCCCUCUGUUCCACCUAUUUUUUUUCCUGACUUGCUGCUGCAUUGUUACUGUCUAAAGGAAAGCAGAAGCCAAAACCAGUUAUCUGAUCUUUUUUGUGGUGGGCUGUGGUGGGCUGGCAACAACACCC